AUGCAAAAUAAUCUCCCACAAAUUCAAGGAUAUCAAAAUAAAAUCAAUGAAGCAAAACUUACUGGAAAUUACUACGAAGUCGCACAUCAUGUGAACGAAUUACAAGAAUUUAUGAAAACCAAACAAAUAGGUGCGUUAGGAUUUUUCAUACCUGCUUUCGCUCAGGCUCCAAUUUUUUUAUCAAUGUUUUGGGGUUUGAGAGCUAUGACAAAUUUACCCGUUGAGAGUAUGAAAACAGGAGGUUUAUUUUGGUUCACCGAUCUCACAGUACCUGAUCCCUACUAUGUAUUACCCGUUAUGGUUUCAUGUACAUUUUUUGCUAUUAUGGAGACGGGAGCAGAAGGGAAUUCAAUGGGUACAAUUCAACAAAUAUGGUUGAGAUAUUUAUUUAGGUUUUUACCCGUCAUUUUAUUUCCUAUUACCAUGAACUUUCCAGCGGCUUUACAGUGUUAUUGGACCAUGUCUAAUUUGACGUCAUUGGGAACGGUAUUGUUUUUGAAAAUUCCAGCCGUCGCUAAUUAUUUUCAAAUUCCAAAAUCCAUUAAACACGAUCCCAGUCUAAUACAGAGAAAGGAUAAACUUUCAGAUUUCAAAAGCAGUAAGUGA